AUGGACAAUGAAACAAUCCUUGCAUAUGUGGAAAAGAUUGCUAUCACUGAAACCAACAUUGCAACCGUAACAGCAGUGAUAACGGAUGAUUGGUCACAAUGGAAGUGGGAUGAUGCAGUUGUAAAAUUUUUUGAAAAUUCGACUAAUAGCAGCAUUAGUAGCAAUGAUGGUUUUAAUGUCACGCCAAUAACAACUUCCACAAAUUCAACACUUCAAAAUUUUUUCAAUACAAUAAACGAUUGGAAUAUUUUUGAAGAAAUCCCAUGGUUUAUAUGGAUUUUGAUCGGUGCCGGUACAUCACUAAUUCUUGUUGUUUUAAUAACUAUUAUUAUUUAUCUGGCACUCAGUAAGAAAAAUUCCAGUAGAAAAUCCAGGAGAAGCAAUGGAAGUGAUCGGGGAAACGCUGAUUCUUCUGAUAACAUAUCACAAUUUAUGUGGCCCAGGUGGAUGUUAUGUUGUCCGAAAUCAAUUUUCGACAGACAGGAGAAUCUCCGAAUGAUGCGUCAGAAUUCCGCAAGUAACUUAGAUCCAUAUCGAAGACCGCCACUACCUCCUCUCAAUAAUAAAGAUAUCAGUGACGACGAAUUUCGUAGUAACUUUUUGCUCUCUCGACAUAUGGAAUCGCUGAAUAUGAUAGAACCGCAUUUGAAUGCACUACCGGCAAAAGCAGAACAUAUGUUGAUUUUAUCCGAUGCUCAAGAUGGAAGUAGUAGUCAUUUAUUCACAAUCAAUAUGACGGGUAAUCGGGGAGUACCGGUAGUACAAAAUGAUCGAAGAGAGCCGCUUCCGGUAUUAUCACCUGGUUGUUUCAAUCACCUGUAA